GUCCCGAGCUCCGGAAACCCCGUCGCACCCGCGGUCGCCAUUUGCUUUUUUGGCGGCGACCGCAGUUUGCUCGCGAGCGGCACAAUACAAUCAAAGAAAAAAAUUUGGCGCCCGAGCGAUUUCCGACGUUCGCUUCAUCCGUCGCCGGAUGGAUUGAGUCUCACUCGUUAUCGUCGUCGCCGCCGCCGUCCACAAGAAGAAGAAGCGUGGACCGCAAGCAACGGAGCCGGCAUGAGGGAGGCGCGGGGUGCGGAGGCCUGCGCUAGGCCGCAAGCCUUGGCCUGGGAGACACCGCUUCCGCUGCACGCGGAGAAGUGACCUCUUUCUUAUCCUGUUAUUAUUCAUAACACUUAUCAGUAACUACCAUUAUAACCACUGCUACAGUGUGAGUGCUUCUUUAGAGCGAGACUAAAAGCAGUAAGCCGAGCCCUCAUCACGCGAACCUUGUGACGCGAAUUGGGCCUCUGGGGCCUCGCGACGUCGGAAGCGCGAACCCCCUCAGGGGUGCGUGGGGGUGGUGGAGACUGCAGGGGUCCUGAGGGGGUUUGAGUGUAGAGGUGUGAAGGGUGUGUAAGGAGUCUUGAGGGGUUCUAUGUAAGGGUGUUGGGGGUUGUGUGGCUGGUUGGAUCUUUGCGGGUACAGUGAUCUGUAGGGGUGUGGUGCACACAAAUAUAUAGGGGUGUGCGUAGGGGUCUUGAGGUGUUAAGGGUUUCUGUGGGCUUUGUGGUACAAGGUGUAGUAGGUAUGUGAGGGGUUAAGGUGUCCGAGACUUAGGUUAGGGUUGUGUGGUUGUAGCAGUCUUGAGGUGAAUGGUGUAGGAGGGUUUGUAGGGGGGCACAUUGGUGUAGGGACGUAAAAGGGUCUGUGCGAUUGAGGGGGUGUGGGGUUCUCACGGGUCUCGUGAGGGUUGUAGGUCUCUCAAGGUUGACGCUGUGCUCAGCAUCAGACCGCACAUUCACACGCAGCGCCGUUUAACCCGAAGCGGCCUCCACAGCCACGGACUCCCCAUCGCCGCGGACACCGCUUUGACCACCGGACUCCCCUUAUUCGAUCGUUCCGCCCACCAGCGUCCCGAAGACCCCUCGUCUACGAAGAGGCUCGCCGUCUGUCCCAAACCCGUACAUUAGGUCCGCAGAUCGGCCUGAUAUAGCCGCUACAUCGCACGCACCCGCCCGUCCGACCCUUGCCGCUCUCCCGCCCACUCGGAGCCAUGUCUUGCGUUCACUACAAAUUCUCUUCCAAGCUCGACUAUGACACGGUCACGUUUGACGGUCUGCACAUCUCCCUGGCCGAUCUCAAGAAGUCCAUCAUGGCCCGGGAGAGGCUCAAGGCUGCCGACUGCGACCUGCAGAUCACCAACGCACAGAACAAAGAAGAAUACACGGAAGACACUGCACUAAUCCCCAAAAACUCGUCUGUGAUCGUAAAACGCAUCCCCAUCGGAGGGGUGCGGGCUGUCAACAAGGGAUUUGUUGAGCGAUCAGAUCCCGGCCCAGCAAAAGCAAUCGAUGAUCCUACGUCAUCAUUGUCGAUGGCACGUCUCAUUAAGACUGCCAACAUCGCCGAAGCCAAUGCGUCAGAAGAGGACAAAAUCAAAGCCGUGAUGAACCAGUCUGGCCAGGAUUACGAUCCCGUGAACUACGUGAAAAAGUCGCAAGGCCCUCCGCCAUCCUCCUACACGUGCUACCGGUGUUUGAAGCCAGGCCACUACAUCAAGAAUUGCCCGCUGAACGCGCAGGACAAGAGCUAUGAAGCAUUACCCAGGCUCAAGAAGAGCACCGGCAUCCCACUCAGCUUCAUGACCGAGGUCAAUGACCCCAGUAUCAAGGGUGCCAUGCUCACCAACACGGGGAAGUACGCCGUGCCCACCAUCGACGCCCAGGCAUACGCUGUGGGGAAGAAGGAGAAGCCCCCGUUUGUCACUGAGCAGUCGUCCUCGUCAUCGGACGAGGACCCCAUCCCGGACGAGCUGCUCUGCCUCCUGUGCAAGGACCUCAUGGUGGACGCCGUCGUCAUCCCUUGCUGCGGAAACAGCUACUGCGACGAUUGUGUUCGCACAGUGCUGCUCGACUCGGAGGAUCACACGUGCCCUACGUGUCACCAGAGUGACGUCUCGCCCGAUGCGCUCAUCGCCAACAAAGUAUUGCGCCAGGCCGUCAACAACUUUGGGAAUGAAACCGGAUACAUCCGAAAGAUGAGGCGGCCUGGCCUUCAGGGCAAGGGUGGCCAGGCGGCCGUAGCCUCUGCAGCCCCACCAGUCAACCAGACGUCCCAGCCGGGGAGGCUGCCAGCUGGUACAGGAGGAUUGCCUUCUUCGGCAGCUCCAGCAACCGUGUCCGUGGCGUCCACCACUGCUGCUGCCAGCAGCAGCAGCAGCGCGUCCUCCGGAGCAGUUACUGCCAGCGCUAUGGACAGCGAUAAAACCGAUGUGGACAGAGGCCGCCUUGGCUCUGCAGCUUCUGCGGGGCCUGCUGCCGCCAACAGCAUCUCCCACAGUGCAUCAGAUCGCAAGUUGUCCAUGGUUGUGCACCAUGGGCCCUCUGGACAGGGACUGGCUCACCACCAAACCAUGACGUACACUGCAGUGCAUCACAGCAGACCAGGCAUGACCAUGUUGGGCUCCGUCCCAGCCCCUUCCAGGCUUGGGCCUCCGCUGAGGAUCGUCCCAUCCAACGUUGAGAGGCCCAUGUUGCCUCGGAUGCCGCAGGCCUCCCUCCCGAUGGGCCUCACGCCGCAGACGAUGUACCAGCACCUCUUGCCACCCGCACACUACCAACAACCGCCCCCCAUGGCCCUCCCGUCAAAUUUGCCGCCACCGCUCGGCUACCCGCACUACCUGCCGCCGGGACAGCACAUGGUGCCGCCGGGCUACGGGCUACCUCAGCAGCCUAACGCGAAUGCAUACCAGUCGCACGUUCAGGGAAUGAUGCCCGUGAUGCCGCAGUGGGGUACCCCCAUGGUGCCACCACUCCCUGGGCCCCUUGUCGCGCCAGGCACCGUGGUGACGGCCCCCAGCGCCCCAACCCCGCCGAUGCUUAGCAAGGAGGAAUUCUACCGCGAACAGCGGCGUCUGCUGGAGGAAGAGAAGAAGUCAAAACUGGAUGAGAUGACCGACGAUUUUGCCAAGCAGCUGCUAGAGUACAAGAAGAUACAGCGCGACCGGCGUAGGUCACUGUCCAGGUCGAGGUCGCGGUCCCGCUCGCGCUCCUACUCCCGCUCCUCGUACUCGCGAAGUUCAUACUCGCGGUCCCGGUCCCGGGCUCGCUCCCGCUCCCGCUCUCGCUCGCGCUCGCGCUCCCUUAGCCGCUCGCGCUCUCGCUCGCGUUCCCGCUCGCACCGCUCGUACUCUCGCUCGCGCUCCUACUCACGUUCCCGCUCGCGCUCCCCGGCCUACGGGCGCCGGCGGGGCGGGCGUACGUACCGCUCUCGCUCGCGCUCCUUCGCCCCGUACCGCUCUCGUUCCCGCUCGCCCCCGCCGCCCCGGCACGGAGCCUACCGCUCCCGCUCGCGCUCCAUGGGGCCGUCCGGCUUCCGCCCACCGCCCAUGCUGAGGGGCGGGCCUCCUCGGGGGGGCCCCGUGCGGGGUGAAGUGAGGGGUGAUGUGAGGGGUGAUGUGAGGGGAGGGGGCCUCCGAAGAGGAGGUGGUCCGCGCGGGGGUCCCCCUCGGGGUGGUUACCGGCGGCCGCCGCCACCGCCGGGGCAGUACGACCGCGCGUACUACGAACGCUACCAUGACUACUACGAGCAGCGUGCGCACGAAGCGCGCAACGAACCCUACAACCGUGAGAUGCGCGAGUGGGAGCGAGAGUACCGCGAGUGGUACGAGCAGGUCAAGGACUACUAUGGCGACUCAUUCCCGGGCCGCCGCUCACGAUCUCGGUCUCGCUCCCGUACGCCACCCACCGCCGGUCCUGGCCCCGGCCUGGGUCCGGGACUAGGCUCGGGCCCUGGUCCGGGGGGCACGGUGCCCCCGGGGGGACCCACUCAGCAGGGCGGGGGUCCUCCAGGCAGCGGCCCCCUGCCACCGGGCGGGAGCGGAGUGGUACCUGGCAGUGGUGGCGGUGGCGCUGUGCAUCGCGACCGCUUCUUGGAGCUGCCGGAGCACUACUCGGGGCUUGUGCCGCACAAUCAGCUGAUCCGACGUGAGCGAUCGCCACCAUUUCCGCACGGCCGGCGAGGGGACCAUGGCCCCGAGGCUGCUGGGCGAAUGGGUGCUUUGGGAGGCGGAGGGAGGAGUGGGCCAUCCAGCAUGAUGCGUGGCGGAGUGGGGGGCGGACCGAUGCUCCCCGGGCGUGGAGGGGGCGGAAUGGGCGGAAUGGGCGUCCUUGGUCCCAUGAGGGGUGGAGUAGGCCUGCCUGGUCACCUUUGUGGGGGGGGCAUGGGAGGGAGGGGAGGAGGGGGUGGGGGCAGACUCUUUCAUGCAGAGCCCCUCAUGUUUCGUGAUGGACGUCUGUGCAAGGGCCCGCUGCUCCCCCUGCCCUCCCUGCUGAAGCCGCCGAUGGCACCCCCGGGACAGGGAGAGGUGCCCAAGCUAGUCAAACCGCUCAUGGAGCCGCCCAAAGUCAUCAAGCCACUGAUGGAAGUGACAGUGCAGGUGGCGCGUGAAAAGUCUGGUAUGACUAUGAUCGGUAGUGGUGGUAGUGGGGGGGGCGGUGGUGGUGGUGGCAUCGGAUCCAGUGGGGGAAGUGGAGGUGGUGGUGGUGGUGGCAUAAGUGGUGGUGGAAAUGGCAGUGGAGGAGUUGGUGGCAGUAGCAGCAGUAGCAGCAGCAAAAACAAGAAACAUCACAAGCGCCGGAGUGGCCGAGACGGAGAGGGCAGUGGCACCGACGCUGGAGGCGGCGGUGGUGGUGGUGGUGGUGGCGGUGGUGGUGGUGGCAGCAGCAGCAGCAAGCACGGGCGGUUGUCACGGGGAGACGGCCGCCGCUCAGGAGAUGGGCACGGGGACAGCAGGGGUGGUGGUGGGGGAAUGCUGCUGGCACCAACCAGCCGAGAUGCUACACCCGUGCGUGAUGAACCGAUGGACGAACGUAGCUACAAAUCAUCCUUUGACCGGGAAAGAGAACGUGACCGGGAACGUGACCGAGACCGCGACCGGGACCGCGACAGGGACCGCCGGGACAAGCAGCCCAAGUCAAAGUCGGACAAGUCCAAGCGCAAAGUGAGCAGUGAGUCAUCGAGGAAAGAUCGAUCAGGAGCUUCGGGCAGCCAAGACAAGUACUCGGAAAGGUCGUCUGCCAAACCAUUUGACAAGGAGGUGGAGAAAGACAAGAACAGCUCUGGCUCGCGGCGGGAGGACACCCAUUAUAAAAGCGAGAACUCGCGAUCGCAGCUAGCGCCAGCUGUGAAGGGGGAGCGCUCCGACACAGGCAAGAAGAUGGGAGGGCGUUAUGAACGCGAGGGGCAAACAGUUAAGCAUGGCUCAGACGAUGUGCGCAAGGAGCACCACGCACCCAAGAGCGACAAGACCAAGAGCAGCAAGGACAGUGAUAAGAAAUCUGGCGCCAUCACGGAGGAUGUGAAGGCAGUGAGGGGCUCAAAGCCCGACGCCAAGGCAGGAGAUGGAAAGUCUGAAAAGCGCAAACGCUCACCGGAGGAGAGAAGCGCGUCAUCCAAGGAGGCAGUGGUGGGGGCGGCUUGUGGCCCAGGGUUCCAGGGAGGCCCGGAGAAGGCCCGUGGCCCCACUGGGGAGGCAGGUGAAAGGCUGAAGGGCUCUGUUGUUGCUGACGCACCGCAGCCGAAGAAGAUCAAGAUCAACCGUGACACGGGGCGCAAGCUCUCCAGCUCAGCUGAAGGGGCACCACCGACGGACGGCGCCUCCGAGGGGAAGGAGAAGAACCGCAGCGCCAGGGCAGUGGUGGCGGCAAUCGAUAAGUCCAGUGGAGACAGCAGCCCGUGCAGGCAUGAGGACGUUGCUGCUGCGGCGAGGCGUGUGGUGGUGAAGACUAUCGAGGAGUUCAACAACGACACAACGGCGCCAGCGGCCGAUGAGAUCGUCAUGAUUCACAUCCCACGUUCUAAGUGGGAGCGUGACGACUGGGAGCCUGACGAGGAGCCGCAGCGCAGGGCUCCCGGUGCCGUGGGCACCGCUGUCUCUGGGCUCAACCAGGGCCGUCCAACAGGGGGGGCGCUGCCCCCGUCGCGAGCGAGCGGGCCUUCCACUGGUGGCCUAAAACCCACCGAAGAGUCCGUGGUGGUAACAGUAGACAGGAUUCCUGGGAGUGGUGUGAGGGUUCUUCCCGCCGAGGCCAUCAAACAGGAGGUGGACGUAGGUGAUUGCAAAGGCACUGAGGGUGGCGAGCGAGUUAGCCAGCCUGGUGGUGUGGAUGCAGUGCCUGCCCUGCAGGGUGGUAGGGGGUCCAGCGAAGCACUACCCGAGGACCAACAGCAGGACGCGGCCAAGGAUGUUGCCGAGAAGCUAUCCUCUGGUCACAGAGAUGACCAUGGGGACUCCAGAUCCGGCUCCAAGGAGCUUGAGAGAGAGACUGAUAGGAUGAAGGUGUCCAGCCAUGAUGGCAGGGACCGGCAGCCCGAGGGGGUGGUGAUAAGCGGCAAGGGCUCCGAUUUCAGUGACGCAAUAGUGACCGAUGAGGGACAGGAAGCCGAGCGGAGGCACGAUGUUGGCCACGUCGACCGGGCCUUACCUCCCCAUACGGAAGAGCACGGAGACAACCCUGCCAGGAGCAAGGAACCAGCAGAGCAGGGGAAGAGGAUGACGGCACACGCUGCGGAGAAAGUGGAAGGUGCCGAGGGGAGCAGCAAACUGGGCUCAGCCGUGGCAGAAACGACUGAGGGAUUGGAGAAGCUGGCAAGGAGGGACGGCGCAUCCGCCAAUGGGGGGCACAAGGGCAGCCCGGAUGGCAAGAGGAGGGCACAGCCAGAGGAGGGGGGCAGGCCCGAGCGCAGUGGCAAGGGCCGGCCGCGAGAGGGGUCGACACAGGAGCUGAGCCGUCUCGACGAGGCCACGUUUGAGCCCGAUUACAAUGAGACCGAGAGUGACAGUAGCUCGGAGAGCGAGGAUGGGAGGGGAGGCGGCAGGGAUGGGAGCGGUGGGGAGCGCGGGGUCACGGGGGUGCGGCGCAAGCGUAGUGCCAGUCCGGGUGGCGGAGGCAGCCCCAGCUCGGGUAGCCUAACUCAAAAGCGUCGCAAGAAGGAGCGCAAGAAGCACAAGAAGCGCAAGCGAGGCCGCAAACACAAACGGCAGCACGUGGGAACCGACUCGGGCAGUGACCGGAGCCACAAGCACAAACACAAGCGGAAGAAAUCAAAGAAAAACAAAGAUCGAGAAAAGGAGGAUGUAGAAAAGGACAAAAAAGAUAAAGACAACAAGGAAAAGGAAAAUAAAGACAAGGACAUCAAGGACAAGGAACGGGACAAGAAGGAAAAGGACACCAGGGAGGAAGUGGAGAAAGCCAAGCGGGAAAAGAGGGAGCGCGAAGAGGCGCAGCCCGUGUGAGCGCCGAACCGUCGUCUCUUGCACUGUAAAUACAUUUUUUUUUGCGUUUGGGAGGCCAGGCCCUGUCGCGCGGGAAUGCGCAGUGCCGUGCAGUCAAUGUCGGAUAUCUACGCUUGAGUCAAGUGGCCACGGUUGUGUAGAUUGAGCAAAUUGGCACCUCUCUUUGCGUUGUUGUAAGGCUGUUUUCUUUAGGUUUUUAAAAUAAAUUUCACUUCCCUCAUGUGCGUUCAAAAUAAUAAUCUUAAUUUGCGAAGUAUUGCGGCAGUCUCAUCUGAGGGCAUUUAAUCCGUCUCGGUUGCCGGAGAAAAAAAAGCCCCUUGCGUUUAAUGCGCAUUACUAGUGGGUCAGAAUUAUUGACCACCACCUCUACCCUGGGCUCUUUGUGUGCUCAUUUACUGUAGGUGGUGGUGUCUGUGCUGUAAUUGCUGCGAUUUCCCAAUAAAGUGAGAGAUUUUUAUUUUGCACCUCA